AUGGCGGUUGCAAUUGUGGCAAGACCUCUUCGUUGGAGGAUCCAUGGCGGCGGUGGAAGCCUUCAGAGCUUGACUCUGCUGCCGAACGAGUUGCAUUUCGAGGAAAAGAAGAUGUCGUUCUUAUCGGACUUUUUAUUGCCAAAUCACCCAGUUAGGCAGACGCCGGAGAAAACUGAGUGCCUCCUCACAAAUGCUUUCGGUUCUGCUGUAUGGCUCAGUGUUCGAGGGCAAUCCGUCCGAGCCCAUUUCUGUGCAGUAAACUAUCAAAAUUCGCGGGAGUAG